AUGGUAACAGGAGUUGUGCUAAAAUAUAUAUUUUUCAGUGCUGAUGGUCAUUAUGAAGUGACACUUAUGACAAAAGCAAUAGUCUAUAAUAAUGGAUUGGUGAUUUGGCAACCACCUGCCGUCUAUAAAUCCUCUUGUUCAAUCGAUGUUGAAUAUUUUCCGUAUGACGUACAGACCUGCAUCUUAAAAUUAGGAAGUUGGACCUAUGAUGGUUUUAAGGUCGACUUGAGGCACAUGGAUGAACAACAAGGCAGCAACGUGGUUGACGUUGGUGUGGACUUAUCUGAAUUUUACAUGUCUGUUGAAUGGGAUAUUCUCGAAGUGCCAGCUGUAAGGAAUGAAAAGUUUUACACUUGCUGCGACGAGCCUUACUUGGACAUAACAUUCAAUAUAACAAUGAGAAGAAAAACGCUUUUUUAUACAGUUAAUAUAAUAAUACCGUGUAUGGGCAUUUCAUUUUUAACUGUAUUGACGUUUUAUCUACCAUCGGAUAGUGGAGAAAAGGUUACACUAUCUAUUUCCAUUCUUAUUAGCCUUCACGUGUUUUUCCUUUUGGUGGUUGAAAUCAUCCCUCCGACUUCAUUGGUUGUACCUUUAUUGGGAAAAUAUCUUAUAUUUGCUAUGAUACUUGUAUCUAUAAGCAUCUGCGUGACGGUUGUCGUUUUGAACGUUCAUUUUCGAUCUCCUCAAACUCAUAGAAUGGCACCCUGGGUUAAGCGCGUAUUUAUUGACUUUUUGCCUUCAUUUUUAUUCAUAAAAAGACCUACGUACAACUUUGAAACAAGUAAAUUGCUAUUAAAGGACACACACGCUUGCUUUUAUCCGUAUUACUCUGCGACCAAUAUUGAUCGUCUUGUGAGCUCAGGAUAUAAUCCCAGUCCGCAAAAGGAAGAGUUAUCGCAGAGGAAAGUAUAUAGUCUUACUGCAUCUAUUAUACCAGCCACCUAAUAUUAUUAUUCGACUGUUACAU